UUCAGUUAUAUGUCUUUGUUAAGCACAUACACUAUAACUAGCUAGUUAUAUGAUUACGAUCUGCAACUGAUAAGAGAGCUGUUUUCUUCUUUUGUCUUGUUCCAUAGUCAUGCUUUAGUCAUGACUGAUGAGCUUCUGGUCAGGUAUAACUGCAUGACUUAAAAGUGCAUAUCAUCUGUUUUGGGAAAGAUAGCUUGCUCUUCUUAAUUCAUCAUCUCCACUUACCAGAACAAUAAUGUCUUAGUUACUUGCUUUCUUUCACUACUUAAUUCAUUAAUUGUUACAUAUAAUUCUUUGCUAAUUGAUCAUAUUUGAUUCAAAUUAUAAAUUAUGUGCAUCCAUUGUUAUUUUCUGUUGUAUUCAUAAUUUUCAGAAGGAAAGUCAUAGUUAAUUAGAUGAUGAUCAAAAGGUUGGAUCUUGGUUUGCUGUAUCUCAAGAGACUUUAUCAGAUAAUGAGGUGGUGACAAGGGGGUGUGUGUGUGUGUGUGUGUGUGUAUAAUUGUUAUAUGCAUACGUACCUAUAUAUUUAUGUAUAUAUAUUGAUCUUCACCAAAUAUACUAAACAAUUAUGAUCAUAUCUGAUCAAGAAUUCUCCUUGGACCAACUCUGUGUAUAUCAUUUUAUUUUUCUUAUUUUUUUUUCUCUCCAUGCCUUGUUGUUAAUUACCAUUCUGGGAAGAUAUGAAAUUCUUUUUUUUUUUCAGAUGAAAUUCAAUUUUGUUUGCUUAUACAUACAUGAAUAAAUCUUAUUACUGGUAAAGAAUUUGCCAUUUUCAAUUCUUGAUCAAUAAUGGUUAUAACCUUUGUAUCACCAUAUAAAUAGUAUGUGGAUUUCUGAUAAAUAAAUAAAAGUAUACAUAUCUUCUUCGUCUUCCAUUAGUGGCCAUACCCCACUUUUGCCUCCACCAUAUACUCCAUAACAAGCUUCUUCCCUCUAUAAAUACACUUCUUGAGGGCGUGUGUCCUCCACACUUUGAACUCUCCUCCUCCUCAAUCACUAUCACCAUUAUAAUACAUCUUUAUCAUUUCCAAUCCUUUAUCAUUUUCUUCCAUGGCAACCAACACCAAUAAUAAGUUUCCUCCGGCAAUUAAUGAUGUUGAGCAACAGGGGACAGUACUAGAGCUUCAAGAAGCCAAUAAGGAGGACUUCGACUACUCAAAAAGAGCACAAUGGCUACGAGCAGCUGUUCUUGGGGCCAACGAUGGUUUGGUCUCCACUGCAUCGCUGAUGAUGGGUGUUGGUGCUGUGAAACAAGACAUCAAGGCCAUGAUACUUACUGGUUUUGCAGGGUUGGUAGCUGGGGCUUGUAGUAUGGCAAUAGGUGAGUUUGUGUCUGUGUACUCACAGUUGGACAUAGAGUUGGCUCAGAUGAAAAGAGACGAGCAAAGAGGAGGUAAUAAUAAUGGAGGAAAACAAGAAAAUGGAGGUGAAGAAAAAGGAGAGAAAGAGAGUUUGCCAAAUCCACUGCAAGCAGCUGCAGCCUCAGCUCUUGCCUUUUCAGUGGGUGCAAUGGUGCCACUACUGGCUGCUUCUUUUAUAAGGAACUAUAACGCGAGGCUAGGUGUCGUAGUUGGUGCAGUGAGUUUGGCUUUGGUGGUUUUUGGGUGUUUAGGGGCUGUAUUGGGGAAGGCACCAGUGGUUAGGUCUUCUGCUAGGGUUUUGGUUGGAGGACUAAUGGCUAUGGCCAUAACGUUUGGACUAACCAAGUUGAUAGGGUCAAGUGCUCUGUGAGCUGUGAUUUAUCCAAUUUUUUUUUCAAAUUCGAAAUUUCACAGCUCUGAAAAUAAUUUGUACAAUCGCAAAGCUUUUGCGAAUGCUUUUCUUUUCCUCGUGGAGUUGCGUGUGUUGUAACUAGGUUUGAUUGUGUUUGGUGUGACAUGAGCAUGGAAAGAAUGUUGGUUUGGUGUAACAUUUGAAGUGGAAGAAGGGCAAGAACUGAGUCUGUUAAUUAGCUGUUGCGUCUUAGCUCAUCAUGUGUUUAAUUUCAACACUUGCACAAAAAGAUGCUCAACAAUAUUCAAGCACUGAACUUUAACGGUUUGAA